AUGGCUAAAAGUCUUCGAAGCAAGCGGAAGAGGAAGAUGCGCGCCAUCAAGCGAAUUCGCUACGGUGAAAAAGAGCUGCAGCGGCUGAAGGAGAUGGUGGCCAAAACGGAGGAGAAAGAAGCGAAAGAGUCGACCGUACUUCACAAACUCCAAUCAAAAUUCACCGUAACCUCCAUGGACACAGACAACCAGACGCCGGACGAGUCCAAGGCAAAAGUGUCCAACACUUUGGGUGCAGCAGUGAUGGAAACGGAUGUUCUGGAAGCAAGUGCACACAAGAAAAAGACGAUGCUCAACGCCAAAGGACAAUAUCCCGAGUGGAUGAACUCUCGCCGUCUUAAGAAGCAAAAGGCCGUUGUGAAACGACUGAAAAAUAAAAAGAAAAAGUAA